GUGUGUAUGGAGAAGAGUAAGAAGCUGGACAACCUGGCCACGGUGAUGACGCUCUACUCUCGGCGCACGUUCAGCAAAGAGAGCUUCCAGUGGACCAAGUGUGUGGUCAAGUAUCUGAUGGACACGUAUACCCAUCUCAGUAUCACCGUCAUCACCUUCCUGGUUGAGGUACUGGAGAAGGGUCCGCCGUUUGUUCAGCAGCCGGUCCUGAACGUGCUACACUGCCUGCUGCUCUACAUGGACCUCGGACAGGCGGCCAGCCAUCCCAUCAACGCCGACCUGCUGAGAGCCGUGGCCAGAUACGCGCAGGGUCAGGGACAGCACUGGCGCGAGGCGCUGCGUAUCCUCAAACUGGCCGUGGCGCAGAGCUCCAGCCUGGCGGCGGCUCCGAGCAGCGGCUCAGCUCAGCAGACCGACACCUCCGGCAUACACGUGUCGUUCGUCGAGGCCGAGGUCGGGGCCAAAAAGGAGCUGCCAGGUCGGACGAUGGAGUUUACGUUCGACGUGUCCCAGACGCCCAUCAUCGGUCGCCGGGUGGUGAAGCCGGCCUGUGACGCCCUGCAGAAGGAGGAGAGCGGCGAGGGCGCCUCCCCGCGCCGCUCAGUCUCCACAUCGCUGGCUGACGUCGCCAGCGGCGGCUGGAAGCGGCCCUGGCUCUCACAGAGCCGGACUCGGGACCGCCUGCUGAACCUUCUCAUCAGCUGCGGUACCCGCGUCGGACUGCCAAAAAGCCCCUCGGUGAUCUUCAGCCAGACGUCGGACAUGCUGGAGCGCCAGUCGUCGAUGGCUUCCUCCACGGAGGAGGUGUCCGGAGUGCCGCCGCACGAGUCGGCAGAGUCACUGGACGACCACGAGGCGCAGCAGUUCGGAGUCAUCCGCGAGUUCGACUUCCUCGAGUAUGAGCUCGAGAGUCAGGAGGGUGAGAGUCUGGACAACUUCAACUGGGGCGUGCGCCGGCGGUCGCUGACCAACCUGGAGGCGGACGAGUCGGCGGCGCCGCCGACCGACUCCUCCCUGCUCUCACCGACUCACCAUAGUGCUGAUAAGACGACGCUACAUGAUGAGUCUUCCGAUGACGACGGCGGCAGCGUGUCACCGCUCGAUGACGGCGCCUCGUUCGAGUCGACGUCAUCGGCCGCCGGAGCCGCCAUCUUCGCUGGCGACGGCCGUCUAUCCCGGGAGCGGCGCGCCUCAGAGUCGUCUGAGUCGUCCGGAACGGGCAGCCACGUCAGCAGCCACGAGAACACGGCCGACCUGACGCCCUGUAACGCCUCGCCAAGUCUCGGACACCUACUGGAUGCGUUCGCCGAGGCGUCUGGCGGCGGCGCGGCUCCCACGGACGCCGAGGAGCAGUGGCAGCAGCAGGUGGCCGCUCUGAUGGCCGAGGGGGCGCCGCCCUCCGCCGCCUCGUCCGCCCUGCUGCAGCUCUGUAAACUGCUGGCCGACAUGCGUCGCUCGCUGGCGGCAGCGCUGGACGACUGUAGACAUCAGCUGGUCAUCGUACAGGUGGCCAGGCCGCUCUGUGAGGCGCUCCAGGUGGUGGUGGCCACGCUGCAGUCGCUCGAGCUGCCGCACGUGUACGCCAGUGGCGAGAUGCUGGCCGCGCUCGGAGUGCUGCCCAAACUGCGGUUCACCUUCCUGGAGCUGCAGGAGCACCUGGAGGGCUACCAGCAGCGCCGGGAGCACCUGCUCAGGUGUUUGGACGUGGUCCGCACCACGGUCCCGCUGAGUGGGUCCGGAGACGCUCCCGGACCACUGGAUGAGACGUACAUCGAGCUGUGCCGGACCGUCUACAAGCUGCACUUUCAGCUGCUGCUGCUGAUGGAAGGGUUCGCCAAGACGCUCAGCUUCAUCAGCGUGGAUGCUCAGGGCGUGGUUGACCUGACCUCGGAGGUGACCCAGCUGCGGUACGCGCUGAGUCGUCUCCAGCCGCCGUCGGACGCCGAGUCGGAGUCGGAGUCGGAGUCGGCGGCGCGAGUCACCAGCCGGCGGGAGGCAGAGUCGCUGCUUCUGGAGCUGCUGAACGGAGAACAGCUGGAGGCGGCCUUCGCGCUGUACAGACGCCACAGGAAUCUGUUCCCGCCGGAGCUGUCGCACGAGGGCGAUGACGUGUCCACAGUGGUCGAUCUGUUCUGCCAUCUCCGCGCCGAAACACAGCCUGUGGUCUCUCUGAGCCCCACCACGGCUCUCUGCACGGCCUGCUCCACGCUCCAGGAGGCGUCCAUGCAGCUGCUGACGGCCGUCCGGCAACUGGAGACCUGGCAGCGGCAGCAGCGCCGCCGCGCCGAGAGCGCCCUGCGCAAGACAGAGUGCUGAGACGAACAGACAGGCGGGGUUAGCUCGAUACUGGCUGCAUUGGACCCAUCUAGCUACAUCGGGUCAGCGGUGCUGGCUUCGAGUGGCACGGGUCGGAUGCGGUCUGGUCGAGCCGGGUCGCGUCAGGACGGAACAGGACGAGCUGGCAGAGCUGAGUCGCUUAGACUGAGGCCGAGAGGAGCAGACUAGGCCGGGAGGAGUGGCCUAGACCUGGUCGACGUUUACCAAUGGUCUGGAGAUGUUGGCAGGAGUCUGGAGCCAUUCCGCUGUGUGUGACCAGCCUGUGAGAUUGAGAUUUAAUAGUCUCAGAAGGCAGCGAGUGAUCGAUUGAGGACAUGAGGCGGCUAUGGAGACCUUUCUGGAGAAUUUAGAGAGAUGUGUAUGUGGUUUGACAACAAUGUCACGAUGGAUAUGGAUGUUAGGAUACAGCGGAAGUCGACUGGACCCAAUGAUGGCUUGGAUCUGCGCUUGUCUUAGUUACAGAGGUCACGGUUCAGUUGGCUUUUGUAGAGUGCUGUGAUGGAUGUGGGAGAGUUGAGCGAUCAGAAGUCGGAAUAAUUUGCGAGUUUUUACGUAGAGCUUUUGCAGGAAAUCCUGCACAUCGGUUGUUACGUACUUCAUGUUCGCUAUUUGCACGCUGUUUCUCCUGUCAUGUAUCUCAAAUAUAUUACGCUUAUGUGUAUCAACUA